CCCCGCACCUGGCACCGCACCGAUCGGUUGCGUGGGACGGAGCGCAGCCGCAGCCCCACGCGUCGCCCAGGACCCACUCGCCGCCGCCGCCUUCGCAGCACCCAUGGGGACCAGGAGACUUUAAAGGAGUUUGGGUAUCGGGCGCAGGGAAAUCACCGAUCCCGGCUCCUGGCCCUCGCCUCGCCUCGUCAUUGAUGGGCAACCAACUGGACCGCAUCACCCACCUCAACUACAGCGAGUUGCCCACGGGAGACCCGUCCGGGAUCGAAAAGGACGAGCUGCGGGUCGGGGUCGCCUAUUUCUUCUCGGAUGAGGAGGAGGACCUGGACGAACGAGGGCAGCCUGACAAGUUCGGCGUGAAGGCGCCCCCAGGCUGCACCCCCUGCCCAGACAGCCCCAGCCGCCACCACCACCACCUGCUGCACCAGCUGCUCCUCAACGAGACUCAGUUCUCCGCCUUUCGGGGCCAGGAAUGCAUCUUCUCCAAAGUGAGCGGCGGCCCGCAGGGCGCCGACCUGAGCGUCUACGCCGUCACCGCGCUGCCCGCGCUCUGCGAGCCGGGCGACCUGCUGGAGCUGCUGUGGCUGCAGCCGGCGCCGGAGCCGCCCGCGCCCGCCCCGCACUGGGCCGUCUACGUGGGCGGCGGGCAGAUCAUCCACCUGCACCAAGGCGAGAUCCGCCAGGACAGCCUGUACGAGGCGGGCGCGGCCAACGUGGGCCGGGUGGUGAAUAGCUGGUACCGCUACCGCCCGCUGGUGGCCGAGCUGGUGGUGCAGAACGCCUGCGGCCACCUGGGCCUCAAGACCGAGGAGAUCUGCUGGACGAACUCGGAGAGCUUCGCCGCCUGGUGCCGCUUCGGCAAGCGGGAGUUCAAGGCGGGCGGGGAGGUGCCGGCCGGCACGCAGCCGGCGCAGCAGCAGUACUAUCUCAAGGUGCACCUGGGCGAGAACAAAGUGCACACCGCCAGGUUCCACAGCCUGGAAGACCUCAUCCGCGAGAAGCGCCGCAUCGAUGCCAGCGGCCGCCUGCGCGUGCUCCAGGAGCUAGCUGACCUCGUGGAGGAAAAGGAGUAGCUGCCCGGGGGCCGCCUGCCCCGCUGUCCCCCCGCGCCCCGCUCCCUUCCCGCCCCCGCACCCGGACUCUCCAACCCUGCUCCCUCGCGCGCGCGGGCCCUGGCUGCACCCCAGCACCCCUCGGCCACUGGCAGGGAGCCUCAGGAACUGACCUCGGGGCCGAAGGGCGCGCAAGCCUGGCCCAGAGCCCUGGUGGUGGGGACGGGGUGGGUGGACCCAGCGGGAGCCUUUCCCUGGAGUUAUAAGGGGGACAGAGGGAACGGGGCUCAGGGGGUCAGUGACGUGACCUUUCCCCGAGAGUCAAUGGUCAGUGACUUCGUCCGACAGGGAAAGCACCCUUUGCUGAAAAGCUGGCCGUCGCCGCCCCAAGCGCGCACACCGCCACCCAGGCGAGGCGAGACCUGGUCUCUUCCCGGCACAGUGCGGCUCCGCUGCGGUUGUGUCCCUGGAUCGCAGGAUUUCCAAGAAAUCAGCCCGUCCCUUGUGCACUUGUGAGUAAUUCCACAAGAGAGCACUUGGAGACCCUGCUUAUCCUGAGGCUGCCCGCACUUUUCCAGCUCUCCAGCCCCAGGUCAGAGACCUGUGUUCCAGGCUCAGGGCUGAGCCAGGCAGAGUCUUCAUCCUGCUCUCUCCACCGAGGAGAAGCGAGCGCCACCCCCACCUGCAUUUGCCCGUGAGUGUUCCCGCUUGGCAGCAGGGAAGCCUUCCCGGUCCCGGGAGGAAAAUGGCGCAGCUAAUUUGGUGAGGAGAGAGGGCCCCGCCCGGGAAAUGGUGAGGGCGCACCUGGUGUCCAGGAAGGGGAAUGUGUGCAGAAGGGCGCUUAUCUUUCUGACCCUCCACUGCCACCUCCUUGGGCUGCUGAAUUUCCAAAAUAGUCCUAUUUUUAAAGGGGUUGGAGGAGAGGGAGGGAGAGAACAUGGCAACAUUCCAGAAAACCAGCAUUCUUACAGCACCAUAGCCAGUAUAUUUAGUUUGGCUUUUCCUAGCAUAAAAAUCCUAGAACUCGGGGAAGUGGAAAUACAAAGUUUUACAAAUGAGAGAGCAGUUUUCCAACUAUGUCAACCAAGCCUAUCGUGUUGAUGUUUUUAUUGACCAUUUUAGCAACAUGCUAAUAAAAUUUCAAAUUGAAAUUUUUAUUUUCAUGGCUUUAAUCCAUGAUAGUUGAAAUACUGGGGGCCAUUAAGAGUGGAUUUAGCUAAGAGCUUAGCUAACAUUGCCUUUUCACUGUUUUUCUCAAAUCGUAUGAGAAUUCUGUUUUGAGAUAUUGUAGGUUUUUUGUUUUUGUUUUGUUAUUAGUGUUUUGUUUUGUUUUUGGCUUUAAACAGCAGCCCUAGUAAUGGUGGAGUUGGUUAUGUGUGUGUUGUACUGAAUUCCUGUCUGAUAGAGGGUUUACUGCUUUGGUGGAUUGCUAGCAGGUUCCAUGAUGUUUCUUUCUCCAUGUUGUGUAUCAUUAUCAUUUUAUACUUGUAUUUCCAUUUUUCUUCCUCUCCUCCUGAUCUCCUUGAAAACAAAUGGAAGAGUUGGUGGCUUCCUGCCCUCCUCUUGAGCUAGUCCCACAGUGCAUACCUGAAAACAGGGAAGAACUUGUAGGAUCAGGACAAUGUGUGUUUUGCCAAAAACUAAGGCUGUGAGAACCUCCUUCCUUCCGCAAGGAUGUGCAAACUUUUCUGCUUUCAUGGCAGCAUCAGCCUGACUGAUUGUUACUUGAUUUAGUGUGUGAGACACCUACAGCAUUUACAUCUCUUCCAAGGGACUUUGUCAGACAAUGGUGUUGAGCUAAUUGCUGCAAGCAACUGCAUAUUGACUGGUGUGAUUUAGUUGGAUAGCAACCACUACAGCCAAAGCCAGUUUCUUGGCAUUUCAAAAAUAAUGCAAUAAAAACUAGUCGAGGUUAGCUGACUGGAAAUGCCUUUUCCAUGGUAGAAGAUUAAUUUCUGUUUUGAUUUUUAGUUUUCAUCCUAGAUUUAUUCCCUGAUCUUGAAUCAAAAGGUCAGAUCAAUGAAAUAUGAACUAAAGUAUUUUUUCUUAAGCCUACUGAGUGAUUUAUUUUUAGAAAAUGUUUAAAUGCGUAUGCUUUUCUUUCAGCACAUACAGCCGCAAAACUUUUGUAAUAACUAACUUACCUUUGCAUGUAUGGAGAAUCAAAAGUCAUUUACUUCCCUGAUUUAUUCCCCUUUCAAAUAACAGCUGGCAGAUCAUAAACCGAAGGUCUUUGUUGUAACUACAUGCUUCACAUUCUUUACUGUAUCUUGGUUCCCUGCUGUAUUAAACACCAUCCUAAGCACUUGUUUCAACAGGACUCCUUCUUGACAUUUUGUCUUCCACCUAUCACUCAAAGACUGGGACUCGGCAAAAGAAACGAGUCAGUUUCGAUCACACCUAAACCAA